GGGCAUUACACAGGUGAGCAGGAGCCAGUGUGUAUGCAACACGGGUAACACUGCAGUGGGAUGAGGGAACGGUAUGCACGUGGAGGGAUUGCCCAGGUGACACUGCUGCUGGACUGCACACCGGUGUCUGGCGCUUGCAGGUUACAACCAGACAAGAUGAUGAGAUCAGUGUCAGAAAAGCUGCGGAAAUGGGAUGCCUACCCCAAGACUCUGGAGGACUUCCAAGUCAAGACUUUCUCAGGAGGAGCAGUGACACUGGUGACGUUAGUGAUCAUGGGAAUGCUUUUUAUGUAUGAACUGCACGACUACCUAACUCCCAAACUUGCAGAAGAUCUCUUUGUUGACACUACAAGAGGAAGCAAGCUAAGGAUCAAUCUGGAUAUUGUCUUUCCCAAUAUCCCAUGUAAUAUGCUGAGUUUGGAUGCCAUGGACCUGAGUGGAGAACAGCACAUCAACAUUCAUCAUAACAUAUACAAACGCAAGCUUGACUUGGAUGGAAGACCAAUAGAUGAUCCAGAGAGACAGGAACAUAUUGGCCAUGGGACAAAGGAGUCUGAAGGAGCAGGUGGCCAAAGUAACAAGACUGAGCUGUCUGAACCUCCUAAGUGUGGCAGCUGUUAUGGAGCAGCUACAAAAGAGGACCAAUGCUGUAACACCUGUGAAGAGGUGAAAGAUGCGUACCGCACUAAAGGUUGGGCUUUGCAGUCUUUAAAAGAAAUUGAGCAGUGUGUAAGAGAAGGCCAACUGGUAGAAACUACUGAGCUGCCCAAGGAAGGCUGCCAAAUCUACGGGUACUUGGAAGUAAAUAGGGUGGGUGGCAACUUCCAUCUGGCUCCAGGAAAAUCAUUCCAACAUAAUCACCUUCACAUUCAUGAUGUCCAGCAAUUCAAGACAGCAGACUUUGACCUCUCCCACCGCAUUCGUCACUUGAGUUUUGGUGCCAAAAUACCUGGCAAGACAAACCCCAUUGAUGGCACAGAGUACACAACAGAAAAGGGACCAAAGAGCAUCAAUUACUACUUGAAGAUUGUACCAACAACCUAUGAGAGAAUUGAUGGUUCAACUCUUGCCACCAACCAGUUUUCUGUCACACAACAUCAGAAGAAUCUUCAGGGAGGCUUAGAUGGAGGUUUACCAGGUGUGUUCUUCUCCUAUGAACUCUCUCCAAUGAUGGUGAAGUACACUGAACAGCACAAAUCUCUGGGCCACUUCCUAACUGGUCUUUGUGCCAUUGUUGGAGGUGUUUUCAAUGUGGCAGGAUUCAUCUACAACUUUGUAGGGUUUGCCCACCAAAGACUUCAACAGAAAAUUGAAAUUGGGAAGACUACAUAAGAUAACAAUAGUAAUAGUAAGACAUAUGGAUGGUGCUUGGUAAUUCCCCAUAUGGGACAGCUUCAUUGAUAGUAAGGUGACAUCCAUGGUUUCAUGUGGUCAAAUUUGAGUUCCAUCAGAACUUUUUUCUUUUUAAUGUUUGAAUGUAGCCUGUUUAACCCAUUGAUGAGCUGCAGUAAUGCACCACACUGAUUAUGUAAUAAAUUAUAUCAACCUUCAAGCUGACACUCAAUAGAUUACAUUCCUUAUGUUCACAGCAAGCACUGAAUUCAUUGACUGUCCAGUUAACAGCCAUUGCACUCACUAUACUAUGUAGUGAAAUUAGAAGGCACUCAGAGAGCACAUAGUUCUACCACUCCAGGAACAGACACAAAUUAAUACCUCAUUGGUGGAGGUAAUAAAACACUACUCUCACUACAUAAUAAAUUAAAGACCCUCUUAGUUAAAUGUAUGUUCAUGUACACUUGCUGUCAGUUUUGAAAGGAACACAUUACACAUGCUGUCAAGUAAGUUUCUUGAAUUGCUGUACACCCUGUUAUAUUAUUGUACAUUAUUUCAAAAUCAUUGUGUGCAUAAAUGGGAUGAAUAUUAUAGAUUAAGUUGUGAAAGUUACUUAGAAUCAUUGUAUGCAAAAAUGGGAUGAACAUUAUAGAUUAAGUUGUGAGAGGCUAGAAAAUUCUCUAUAAAUUGGAGGAGAUGCAAGUGAUAUCAAAAGUUUUAUUCCCUAUCUGUAGUCUCUAUCAAGACUAUGCAUUCUAUUUGAAUGUGUCAAUACAGGUGCAACCCAUGCUGGCAUUGGUAUCUGGUAUUUAUAAAGUUUUACUUGAUAUCAGUGUAAAUUAAGUGUAUGUUCAUCCUGUGCAUAAUCUGGAUACCCAUGAGCUUGGAUAUAGAAAGCAGCACCCUUGAGAUAGAUCUAUGCCAAUCUGUUAUUGAUGGACCAUAAAAUAAGCAAUGGAUUUACUUCAUGUUAUGUAGAUGCCAAAGUGUCAAUGAAAAUAUUAUGUAACAAUAAAGCUUCAUGAGCUUUUAAGUGAGAAGGAUUGAAUUUCUACCCAGGCAGUCUCAUAAUGCUCACGUAUGGGACGUGUGUACCAUAGUGUUUGUUGUGUACAUGUUUAUAUUUGUAUCCUAAUUAUGAUCAUUGCUCUUAAUGAUGUAUGUAAGUACAGGGAGUAAAAGCCAGUCCUAAUUUGUGGGCCCUUUUUGAAACAACAGUUGCAAUGGUCAAACAUAAAUGACAAAAAAAAAAAAAAAAAAAAAUGAAGGAAAGUAUUAAAAAUAAAAAAAAAGUAGUAAUAAAUAAAUAAAUAAAUAAAAAGAGGAUGGAUGGUGAUAGGGACCAUAAUUAAUUCACUUCAUUAAGUGUUCUUUGGUUGGUGUAUUCAGUUUGAUUGUUUCAUGUAUUUGCCAAGUGUCUUUCCAUAUAAUAUUAACAUGGGAUUGAGCUUUCAACCCUAGUCAUAUAUCUGUAAUACAUAAACAAUGGGUAGCGAUGAUUUAACUUCAAUUAGCUUUGUAUUAGGUGUUUGUUUUACAUUGCCAUCACCCAAGCUGUGGUGCAAAUUACAGAUGACCCUGUGUGAGGACUCACCUGCAACAACUGGUAUAACUUAAAAUAAUAUUUCUUCCAACAGUUUUUGUUGUGAGUGUUAUUUGUCACACUUCAUUGUUGUAUAUCAAAAUAAGUAGAAUGACAUUUCUGUUUGGUGGGCACAGUGUACUGUAGUCAAUGAAUUCUCCAUUAUUUUAUUACAUCUCUAUUGGAAUGUGAUAUGAAAUUAAGUAACUUUUGGUCAGGUUUGGUAUAUUUGUUAAGCUUAACUGAAUGAUGUUAGAUUAAAUGGAUGCCUCAUUACAAUAUUUAUAAGUUUAUGGAAAUUGGUCUUAUAAAUUGAGGCUUUACUAUAUGUACACUUACAUGUAUAUACUGUAUGUAUAGACAUAUAUACAUACAUAUGAAGUGUGUCAUUAAUAAGAUUAUUAACUUUCACUUAUAUUUUGUGUUGUUAUAGACUUGACUUGAAGUUUCAUCUAAAUGUACCUUUUGUCUCCUUCCAUACAAGAGAAAUGCACACACACACACACACACACACACACACACACCUGUCUGUAUAUGCCUACAGCCUGCAGUUUUCCAUGUUUGGAUUUUUUAAUAGGUGAUGUUCUCUUAUCACCUCAUAAUGCCUGAUGAAUCUUUUCAUUUCCCUUUAGGCACUGAACAUUUUGCUCCAUGCCUUUCAUGUGACUCAGAUUUCUGAACCAUAUUUUACAAUUGUUAUUGAAUGGACAAGACAUGACAUAUGCAGAAUAAAUAAUAAUUGUAUAGUCAGAGUAACAAUGCAGUCAGCCUGUGAAUCCACUGCUGGACAAAGGUCUCCCUUGACCAUCUUCAUUCAUCUCUCUGCUGCUUCUGUGUUCCAGGCUAAUCCAGCAAAACAUCUCAUCUCUGUCUAGUUCUCAACCUGGUGUGCAUACUUUAACAACACUUUAUUGCCAUUCCAUAACUAAUUGUCCAUGCAUUAUCUGCUUGGCACAUCACUUUGACACAGGUGAUCAUAUUGCUCUGAUCUGAAAGGUGUUGGACUCACAUUUCUGUGAGUGUCUUGAGAGAGGUUUGAUCUCCAGUGAAAACCUCUUACAGUCAAUAUAUCCCACUGCUGCUAUCAGUGUGAUGUCGUUUCAGAGCAUCAUGGAAACAAUUGGGUAACUUAUCUGAAGAUGGGAUAAAGUGGCUAUUUGCUGGAAUCAGACCUGUGAGGACAUUCAUAGAAACAUUACUCCAACACCUUAUUGAUCAGACCAUCUGCUUAAUGUGUGAUGAUAUUAUCAGUUGAUUAUUCUUUUUAUCAUAAAAUAUUGAUUAUACUAAGACCAUACUCUUGUAAGUUUUGGAAGUGUUUAUUAAUUAUAAGAAUAAUUAUGCAAUCAUAGGUCUAUUUUUAAUUUUUCAAAUGUUCUUUUACUUUGCAGUAAGUAAAAAGAAAA